AGUUCGUCGACAGCAUUCAGAGGGAGAGUAUGUUACGUCUUUGCACUCGGCUCGAAACUACUUUUACGUAGAACCGUUGAAACCGGUUUUGAAAGUGUACGAGGUGUGGCGUGGACUAGUGCCGCUUACCGCAUUCAACCAUAAAAUACUCUUUUUAAAGUUCAAAAUCAAUUUUUGUGUACAUUAAAAAGUGCAACAAGUCCUGUGAGUCACUACCUACUUUCGAAACGCUAUCUUCAAAUCAAGAUCGAGUGAAAUAGCUGCCACUGAUCUGCGGGUGCGAGCGAGAACAUACAUGCAAUAGUGUCCAGUUCAAAAAACCGGUUACAAGAAAGGAUAUAGUUUUUUGUUAUAGAAGGAGAAAAAUAGUGAUUUUUGAACGCAUCAUCUAGUUAUGCACGAGCUCGAAAUUCGAUUGCUGUGAAUGUGUGUGUCGUACCGGUCGUGCGUUUAGUGUUCUAUGUUUAAAAGUGGAUUUAUCAAGAUGGCCGCGCUUCCCGCCUUUUUCGGUUUGUUAAUGGCCGCUAUUGUCACAGCUCAACAUGUAGAAAUAACACCACUGAAGGCGGUACGUCGCGUGGGCGACGAGCUCACAGUACUGUGUAAAGUGCCCUACCGCAUCGACUCGUGUCGAAUGACUGUGGGCCCGACGUCCUAUCGACUGAUACCCAACAAUCAAGGUGACGUGGUUUAUGCUGGACAAGGCUUGGAGGUGGGCGAAUGCGGUGCUAACAUCAAGCACAUAAAAGAAGAAUGGAACGGCAACAUUUCCUGCGUUCUGCCGCCAAAAUCCGGCAGCAUCGAAGUUACCGGCACCAUGCAACUGUUGGUCGCAAGGCCACCUGGUGAUAUUCAACUGCUUACGCCGCCGCAGUCAUCUUUCAAGGAAGGCGACAUUUUUAUGGCGCAGUGCAUUGUGCCUAAUGGAAGACCAGCGGCCAAGAUCACCUGGUUUUUGGACGACGAGCAGGUGUUGGUGGGUACGCACCAACCCAUCAUAACGUCGGAGCCGGGCAGCGACCUGCAGACCAUCAGCCAGAACGUGAGCCGCGCGCUCGUAGCCGACGACAGCGGGCGCCGUCUGAUCUGCCGCGCCGAGCACGAGAGCCUCGACAAGCCCAAGGAGGCCAGCAGGCAGCUGCUUGUGCAUUACCCACCAAAACGUCUGGAUGACAGCUCCACCAUCACGAUCUUCGGUCUGAAGCUGUCAGCGGAAGGUCUUCUCAAUGUUACUGUACGAUCCAACCCACGGCCUCAUGCCGAGUGGACGAUUGGAGACUUGAAAUUGGUCGCCCCUCAGAAAAACGAAGACGCCUCCAUCGAAGCGCUCGAGCCUAUCCAUUUGGGCGGGGGCUAUUACAAUGUGACGUUGCUACUCUCCCGAGUGGCCAAGGAAGAUGUCGACCGCACCUAUUACCUGACAGUCGCCAAUGACCUGGGACGUGAGGACUUCUCCGUUCGUCUUAGCACUAUGGACGAGCCCGCCGCUCGUAAAGCAAAAUCUUCGUUUUUGAUAAUCGAUAUAUACGGUGUUGAACUGGACACGGGAGCAAUUGUGGGAAUCGUAGUGGCUGUCUUGGUGUUACUUAUUGGCAUUUUCCUCAUCGUGUUCGCCAAAGCUACCGACAGAUGGUGUUUUGCAGGAGCUAACGGAGUGCGCGAUCACACGAAGAGUUCGGGAGAAUCGACGCCGGCGGGGGAUGUGCUUUUAGAAAGUGGGAUGGCGCAACCUUCUAGAACCGACACGGAGAGUGCGGUGGGAGGACGCGAGCGAUCGCGACUUGGGGCACUCGGCGCACGUAUGCGAGCGGCCUUACCUAGAGCACGCGACAGAGUGCAGGCAACUGAACCCAGAACGGAAGCCGAUGAUAAGGUCCUAUCUGAAGAGAAGAAAGGCGUAGUAUACGCUGAACUACAACUUGGCGAACAAACAGCUGAAAAGCCACCGCCACCUUCCACCGAAUAUGCAGAGAUUGUGUACACCGAACAAAACCAGCAGAAGGAGAGCAAAGAAUAAACAUACUCUAUGGCACCUUGAACGGGGAAUGCAAGUGAAAGCUUAAAUAGAGGGAGGGCGAUUAGGUACAGGUUUUCCCAGAAUAGUGUUACUAACUAUACUCAGUAUUUACUGAUUACUAUAUAAACAGAAAUGAAAUGUGAGUAUUCAUACUUUUCUUGGUUUUCAAACAAUAAGCUCCCGAGCAUCGUUUAAUACUUGCAUUCCCCAUUUAUUUCACAAAACACUUCAUUCACAAACAAAUUCAACGUAUAACAACAUUAAGUUAGUUAGUAAACAGCGGUAAAAUAGAUAAGGCUAAUAUAGAUAUAGCAAAAAUAAAAUUGGGUUUCUUUUCUUUCAUUUAAAUAUUACUUUCCAAAAUAUGUAAAUAAAACAUCAC